CGUUACUAAGCAACUGGAAAACAGGAACCAGCAUGCUGGCUGUUUUGUGCACGUCAGAUUCGCACAGCAUACGAAACAUUACGUCUCCCGUAUUGUAACCUCUGCAAAAGGAUGGAUGGUCUAGGCACUAUUACGUGGUGGGGAUUUAGUCCUGCCAUCGACUUUCAGGAUGCUGAUGUUGGAGCGUUGAUGGAGAAAACGUCGUUGCAAGAUACAAAUGAUGUGGUAAAUAUUCUGUUGGUUGGAGCUGGAGACAUAAGACAUAUAUUGAAGACAAUUGCUAACAGGAAGAGACACAAACACAAGAAAAUAAACAUGUUUGUAUGCGAAGCUGCCUUAGAACUCUAUGCCCGUGAUAUUCUACUUAUGACUGUAGCCCUUGAAAUGCAAGAUAGAAUGGGAUUGCAAGAAAAGAGUGAGCUAUUUCUAGAAUUGUAUGGAAACAUACUUAUAAGGGAACAAACAAUGCAGUACGUCCAGAAAAAGGCCACAGAAUUCAUCAAGAUGGUGACAGAUGUAGACUAUUUGGAAGAAAAACUUCCGGUGUUUGAUUUAUCACAGCUCAAGUUCAAAGAACGAGACUUUCUGGAGGGUAUCUUCAAACUGUGGCAAAAUACAAAGUUCACAUUUGAUGUAUCUAAAUGCUGGGAUUUGCGAAUGCGCCAAAACUUAAAGACACGAUACGACACAAGAAUGAAUGUUUUUGACUGGGACUAUCAUAUGGGACUCGCGGAAAGAGACGCCGACGUUGUGAACAAGUCCGAAUAUCAGACCUGGAGAAACACUGGAGUUGCUUUCGAGUUCAGAGAGGGAACAUAUGAUACACCAAAUAAGACCAUGGCAUCUGCUCGAGUGUUUGACCAUCAGGGAGAAAAGCAUGGGAGGAUGGGAUACUGGGGAGAUAUUAUUGUCAGUCCUUACAUUUCACUAGGAAUUGAAUCUGAAGAGCAAUCUUUUUUCAAAAAGUGUAAUAACUUGUACACAAAAACAGCUGAAGAUGUUUCACAGUUCAAUAUGCAAGCCAUGCUGCAUGAACUUGCAACAGGUGAGAGGUACAAGCAACCAGUGAAGGAAGAACCCAAACAGUCAUCCUCGGUGAAAUUGACUGAAAUUACAGAGGAAGAGGAAGAAGAAGAAAAUAAUGAGAAAGAAAAGAUGGCAUCAUCAUCACAACAUGAACUUCCAUACCAAGCCAUCCCUGUUGAUGAUGUCAAGGUCACCUUCUUACCAAUUGGCCCUGUGAAGGAUCAUGUUGCAGCCAAGAGCAAAUACCAGAAAUUCUUUGACGUUGUAUAUUUCUCAAAUAGUAUGGUCCACCAGCUUACUCCAGAUGUCAGCAAAAUAUUUGCAAAACAAUGUACAGUUAUCUUGGAAACUGCUCAGUUUAUGCUUGAAAUUAAGAAGGAACAAACAGAAGAAUUCCUGAAGAAAACAGCAUCAAUGGCCAAAACAGCAGGGUGUGAGCAAGUGGAGACAGUUGGCUGCAAGUCGAAGAGCUUCACGAGACAUCUUUACAAAGGGGAUGAGUGAUAGAGAUAUUCUUCAGUGGUGAUAUUCUGUCCAGUUUAAAAUGACCAAAUGACUCAAUCUGAAUUCGGUUGCAAAUCACAAAUCCUCCACUGAAUGGGAAACUUCGCCAUUUUACAACAUACAUGUGAUAGGAUCAUGAACUACUUUGUAUUCUGACACCUAACAGAGAAGGGUGCAUGUUCAUUUGAUUGGAUGACACCUUGAAAACAGCUCAACACAUGUCGUCAUUGAGUAUGAAAAGAUAUUUUACCAAAGUCUGUUGUUCUAAUGACCCCAGUCACGUUUUUCAAAAGCAGGUUCCUAAUGUGUGUCACAAGUAAACCAGACUAUCAAGGAUGAAGGCAUGAAUUGUUUUGAAUGCAGAAGAUAGUUGAAAUACUCUGUUUGGAUCUUGAAAGUUGGAUGAAUGAAAAACAUUUCUGUUUUGACACCUUACCAGGUUUUCAGACUUUCUUGUUAAUGAUGUUCAUGUAAUUCACAAGGUGAAUCUAAACAGUGUUCAUUCUGUUGGUUUCUGUUUCCAUAAUGAACAUACUGAUUGACAUGGUAUGUCUGAAGUGUGUCAUCAUCUAUCUUGUCGUGGAAGUAAGAGUGAGUGAGUUUGGUUUUACGCCGCUUUUAGCAUUAUUCUAGCAAUAUCAUGGUGGGGGACACCAGAAAUGGGCUUCACACAUUGUACCCAUGUCGGGAAUCGAACCCGGGUCUUCGGCAUGACGAGCAAAUGCUUUUACCACUAGGCUACCCGACCGCCCCUCGUGGAAGUAAGAGUUCAUGGUAGGUCAGAUAUGAUUUUAACAUAUAUCUAUUCAUCAUGUUCAUUAGUAGCAACCCAUGCUUGCCGUAAAUGGCGACUAUAAAUGUUUGUCAUAAAAGGCUAUUGAGGGAACAGGUGGUCAGGCUCGCUGACUUGGUUGAUGCAUGUCAUCGUAU